AUGGACCCAGUUGCUGUGAUCCAUGUUGAAUGGGACGGCCAGCCAUUUCGGCAUGACAAUGCUGCUGCUGAUGCUUCUUUGCUGAAGGGGGGAGUGUGGACGGAGUUCCUGGAACACAAGGUGACCCUUGAUCCGUACUGCUCGGCAAUCUGCUCGACCACUUGGAUCCAGGUUAGGAUGGAUCAUUUUAAGUUUGGGAUGCUGAUGCCUGCUGAGCCAAUUGUGGAUCGAACGAACAACGUCAACGUGGUCGGCACUAAGAACGAUGUCUACACAAGUUCUACAGAAGAGUCUACCGGAGGAUACGACCCAGGCUCCCAACUACGGCAUAGCGAAGCCAGAAAAGAUGGUAACGUGCAAACUGAUAAUGCGAGCCAUUUUCCAAAAGAUAUCAAUCUGAGGCAUGGCUGGAGGUGUGGAAUGUCAUGUUAA